CCCCCCCGGAGGGGUUCGGUCACUAUAACUCGGAGGAGCCGAUGGCAGCGCGGCCCCAGCCGGGGAGACCCGCGCAGGUCAGUCUCCAGCACCAUGAUAGAGGAUGGGCCCCCCAGCUCCAGCCACGGCCGCUUCGCCGCCCAGAACGGGACCAGCAGCUCCUUGGACCUGGAAUCUGUGGUUCAACCCUUGGCUUUGAACCCGUGGGACGUUGUCCUCUGCAUCUCUGGCACCAUCAUCUCCUGCGAGAACGCCAUCGUGGUGGUGGUCAUCUUCUACACCCCGGCUUUCCGGGCUCCCACGUUCCUCCUCAUCGGCAGCUUGGCCACCGCAGACCUCCUGGCAGGGUUGGGGUUGAUCUUGCAUUUUGCUUUUGUCUACUUGGUCCCCUCGGAGGCAGUCAGCCUGCUGACAGUGGGGCUGCUGGUCACCUCCUUCACCGCCAGCAUCAGCAGCUUGUUGACCAUCACCAUUGACCGCUACCUCUCCCUCUACAACGCCCUCACCUACUACUCGGAGAGGACGGUCACCAGGACUUACAUCAUGUUGAUCCUCACCUGGGGAGGCUCCAUCUGCCUCGGCCUCCUGCCCAUCAUGGGCUGGAACUGCCUGGAGGAGCCCUCCUCCUGCAGCAUCGUCAAACCCUUGAUGAAGAACCACCUCAUCAUCCUCUCCAUCUCGUUCUUCAUGGUUUUCGGGGUGAUGCUCCAGCUCUACGUGCAGAUCUGUAAGAUUGUCUGCAGGCACGCCCACCAGAUCGCCGUCCAGAGACACUUCCUGGCCACUUCCCACUACGUCACCACCCGCAAAGGCAUCGCCACCUUGGCCCUCAUCCUGGGCACCUUUGCUUCCUGCUGGCUGCCCUUCACCAUUUACUGUCUCCUGGGGGAUUACACCUACCCAGCCCUCUACACCUACCUCACCCUGCUCCCCGCCACCUACAACUCCAUGAUCAACCCCAUCAUCUACGCCUUCAGGAACCAGGAGAUCCAGAAAGUGCUCUGGGCCAUCUGCUGCUGCUGCUUCUCCUCCGCCGUGCCCUUCCGCUCCCGCUCCCCCAGUGACGUCUGA